AUGAGUUCUCGUCCUAAAAGGGCUAAAUUAAAUGAUGAUCUUAUAAAUCAAAUACUUGAAAUCGAUAAUUCUAGUAAUUCCAGUGAAUUUAGUAAUUUUAAUGACACUGAUGAAGACGCUACGUACAAUCCAAAUUCUUCCGAGUCUGAUGUUGAAAGUGAUGUUGAAGAAUCUAUUAACAAUGAAACAUUAGAUAGUUCACCUUUAAGUUAUUCGAAUACUACAGGUAUCGCAAUUUGGAAUGAUGUGACAGUUGAAAAAAUGAUUCACAAUUUUCAAAACGUAAUGGAACCAGAUGAACAUUUAGCUGUUGAUGAAACUAUGGUCCCUUUUCGUGGAAGAUUGGGUUUCAGGCAGUAUAUACCUGGAAAGUCACACAAAUAUAGCGUGAAAUUGUUUAAGUUAUGUGGAACAGACGGGUACACAUAUAAUGUGCAAAUCUAUGCAGGUAAAAGCCAAGUUGACGGGAAAGGGCUUGCGUGCAAAGUUGUGUUGAAUUUAUGUCAGAUGUAUUCAAAUGCUAAUCGGACAAUAACCACAGACAAUUUUUACACUUCAUUACCCCUUGCGUAUGAACUUUUGAAAAAUAAAACACAUUUAACAGGAACACUACGCUCUAAUAGAGUUAGGGUACCAGGAGUAACUGAUGCUAAGUUAAAACGAGGGGAAAUUGUUGGUAAAGAAAAUGCCGACGGAAUUGUUAUUGGUAAAUGGGAAGAUAAACGAGACGUUACUAUGUUGUCGACUCGACACGGCAUUGAUAUGAUAGAUAUGGGUAAAAAAAAUAGAAUUAACGAAAAUGUUGUGAAACCCGAAAUUAUAAUUAAUUAUAACAAAGGCAAAGCAGGGAUUGAUUUAUCAGAUCAACUUUCAAGUUACAGUACGGCAGUCAGAAAAUCAAUCCGAUGGUACCACAAAGUCGCUACAGAAAUAUUAUUAGGAACGUCUGUUGUAAAUGCUUUAAUUGUAUAUAAUAAAAUACACGAAAACAAAAUAAAAAUUACCCAAUUUCGAGAAGUAUUGGUUGAUCAAAUGUUAGAACUAGAAAAACAGAAUGAACCUAUUAUGAAUGAACCAUCAACAUCUGGAAACAAACGAUCAAAAAGAAAUAAAAAACAUUAUUUUGAAGAAACUACGGAAAAGUGCAACAGGAAUCGAAAACUUCGAAAAAGAUGCGUUCAUUGCUAUCAAAGUACAAAAGACGUUGAAGGGACCGCAAAAGCUAGAGAAUAUCCAUAA